UUCCUCGGCCUCCACCAAAACCUUUGAGUGAUUAGGGUUUGCUCUCAGCCGCUGAAGUGAGAAGAGAGAGAGAGAGGUAGAGAGAGAGGGACAUAGCCGCCACAUCUACCAUGGCUGCGGCGACAACUGAAUCGGUUCAAUGCUUUGGUCGUAAGAAAACGGCUGUGGCCGUAACUCACUGCAAGCGCGGCCGAGGACUGAUCAAGAUCAAUGGAGUUCCAAUCGAGCUCGUCCAACCAGAAAUCCUCCGCUACAAGGCUUUUGAGCCCAUCCUCCUCCUCGGCCGCCACCGUUUCGCUGGCGUCGACAUGCGUAUCCGCGUGAAAGGAGGCGGUCACACCUCGCAGAUCUAUGCCAUCCGUCAGUCCAUUGCCAAAGCACUCGUCGCCUUUUACCAGAAGUACGUUGAUGAGCAGUCCAAGAAGGAGAUCAAGGAUAUCCUUGUGAGGUACGAUAGGACUUUGCUGGUGGCUGACCCGAGGCGCUGUGAGCCAAAGAAGUUUGGAGGACGUGGUGCUCGUGCGAGGUUCCAGAAAUCCUACCGUUGAACUGUUGGUAGUAAUUAUGCUUAUAUUACUAUAAUCGUCGGUAGUAUUUUCUCUUGGGGAUUAAGAUGAGAUACUGAGUCGCGUUUUGGAUAUUUUGGCAGUUGUUCUGUUUUUGUUUAAGGAUCAUACGAGACGAUUUUGGGACGCCUUUGAAUUAAUAGUUUUAACAAUUCUGGUUAUCAUUGAUUAU